CAGAAGGGCCGGCCCGAAGUAGUAAAGAUAUUAUUUCAGAAUGAAUCAAGAAGGCGUACUCGCUUGUUGCGCCGUUUGCAAAGAGCAAACUCAUCGUAGAUGCGCUCGCUGUCUUAAUGUUUAUUAUUGUAACACAGAACAUCAAAGGCAGGACUGGCGGAGACAUAAAAGUGAAUGUGCCCCAAAGUUACAAAAACAAGGUUCGCGUAACGUUGCAGAAACUGAAACUUCUCUUCACUCCGCUGAACUGUUAAAGGAUACCCAAACAAUAAAAACAAAUAACGUCUUAGAAAUAAAUGCGAAGGUUGACAAAUUGAAAUCGGCGGGUAGUGAAACGAGACGAUUGAAAAAGUCAAAAAGAAAAAGUUUGACUAAAGAGGGUAGUGAUAUUAUUAUUGAUAACACAAAUUCUUCCACACUUGAAGUCGUUGCUCAAAACAGUGAAAGUCAACUUAAAGAUACUGCCUUAAAAAACAAUAGUGUAAUUUCUAGUGUAGUGUAUACUAAUAAAGACGUGUCGAAAGUGAGUGCCAUUACCCACGAAGGUUCCUCAGAGCAGGAGAUAUUGAGUGAGAAAGCCCAACAAUUAAACACAGUGGAUUUUUCAGCAGCCGGUACUUCAAAUGUUUUGAAGACCGUAAAUAGGAGUGAUAUGAAGAUGCCUGCUCUUCCCAGUUAUACUGGAGAGCAGCCAACUAAGAUCAAGGAAUAUCCAGAAGCUUCCCUUAAAGGUAGCAGUGCACCGUUUAGCAACAUGGUGAACAGUUAUUAUAUGGAUCCAAGUGACCCCAACUAUGACAUCUGUCAAAGAGUGAUAAGGGACAUGACACAGUAUGGGGUGUGUGUUUUGAACAAUUUCCUUGGCAAGGAGCGAGGACUUUUAGUGUUAAAUGAAGUGCUAGAAAUGUACAGAUCCGGGAUUUUUACAGCUGGUCAAUUAGUUUCCAACCCUGGCAGCACGGAGGCGCAGACGAUACGGAGCGACAGGAUCACGUGGAUCGACGGCAAGGAACCCCACUGCUAUCAAAUAGGACAACUAAUUAGUCAAGUGGACAACAUAAUCCUGAAAGCAAACAAAAUGGCGAAUAAUGGCAAAAUGGGAAACUACAUAAUCAAUGGAAGGACGAAGGCAAUGGUGGCAUGCUAUCCAGGGUCUGGAAGUCAUUACGUGAAGCAUGUAGACAACCCGAACAAGGAUGGACGCUGUAUCACCGCCAUUUACUACUUGAAUCUCGACUGGGACGUGAAACGGUGCGGGGGGUUACUCAGAGUGUUCCCGGAAGGCACAAACCAGGUGGCGGACAUAGCGCCGAUCUUCGACAGGAUGCUGUUCUUCUGGUCUGACAGACGGAAUCCACACGAAGUCCAACCUGCAUUCGCAACCAGAUACGCCAUCACGCUGUGGUAUUUUGAUGCUCAAGAAAGAGAAGAGGCGCUACGAAAUUACAAACGCGGUCAGCCAUCUUCGAGCAAGUGAUGUCGGUUUCAAGAGCUCGCGAUAUAUCCGAGCUCAACCACCCUGAUAACGGCGUAGCUUACAACUCAUAAUUAAAUAUGCUAUUCAGCAGGCGUUUUGGACUGUUUUGUGCUGUUCUAUUUUUGAACCCAUGGACGUUCCUAAUUGACGUGGGUGCCUUGUGCUUCGUGUCUAUGGAAUGACGUGUCAAAAAGACUUGUAUACUGGCAUAUAAAUGAUAUAAGCAACUUUUUUCGAAUUUAUAAUCUCUGGUUUUGUAUGAAAACUAAAAAAAUGUUCUGAACUGUAUUUAAUUUAUAAAUCUGUCGAUUGUUUUUUUUUCUUUCGGUUUGUAUGUUAAUUACGUGCUUAAAUUUUUAUUAUGUAAUAUAAUUUGCAAUGAGAUGAGCACAAGGCGGACCCUAUGCUAUAUUAAUUAUUAAAUUGAUGGACAAUUUAAUAUUUAUUUAGUUUGUUAAACGAACACCUGUCUAUGACAGGACGAGUCAUAUGUUAGUUAGGUAUAAUAAAAAUAAAAGAAUGUUUAUUUUUGCUAAAGAGACCUUGAGUAUUAUUCUAAAAAUAUAGCCGUUAGUUAAAUUUGUUGAUGUUUUUAGGGAAGAUAUAUAUUUUAUUUCUGUUAUUUAGUCUACAUCUAUCUGUUGUGUUUUAUAAAUAAUUCUUCUAUGUUUAUUUUUUUCUUACCUUUUUAUAUCUUAUUUUAAAAGCAUCAACAAAAUAAUAUAAAUCACCAUUCUAUAUACGAGAUUUUCAAUUGUGUAGUAUUUAUUUUAUUUAGAAUUCGAUGCGUACCUAUAUAAAUAAAUUUGAAAAUUUGAUAUCCACCGAGACACGUCUGUAAAGGUUUUUCUUAUGAAUAUAUCUCAUGAGAUCUUCGUCGAGACAGAUUUUUCUUUAAUCAAAUUGUUGCAUUUUGUUUUCUUUAUUUAUUUUAAAGUGUAUCACAAAGUGCUACAUUAUUUAUAAAUAGUAGGAUAAUAUUUUCAUGUAUAUAAAAAAAUCUUAAAACAGAAUAACGCAAUUAUAUGAGCGUGUGUGUAAAAAGUAUUGAAUUUUAUACAACGUAGUUAGGUCUGAUAAGAUGUAAUUAUCUUUCAAAUGGUACUAUCCAAUUAUUGCUGAAUAAAUUAUGUGAUUGUAACUUGUUUUGAACAAAAUGUAAAGUUUGUUUUCUUUUUAAAAGAUGUAACAUACCCAUAACUAUUUUCUUUGUAAACAAGUGAUAUUAAAAAAAAUAUUAAUGA